AUAAUACAGUUCCAAAACGACUUUAAGAGUCUAAGCUUAUUUUCCCAAAGCAUUUCUUUGUAUUAAUGGAAGCAGAGACAGUGUUGAAGCUCUUUGAUUCUUGCUGGUUUGGGAUUCAAGACAUGAAGGAACAAGAACCUUGUUCAUCAAGUUCUCAUGAAAACACAAAUCAUCAAACCAAAGAAGGAAUAUCAGAAUCAGAAGAACCGAUGCUUUUGCGCAGCCAAACCAUUCAUACAAGGUCUAUGAGCGACCAAUUGGACAAUAGGACAUGCUCCAUGCAUGAUGAUUCUAGUUCGCCCGAGUUUGAGAUGUUGCCAUCAAAGCUUCAAACCAUUCUUUCAGGAAAAGAUAUCACAGACACAGAACAAGAUGAAAGGCAAGCACAGGUGCAAGUGCAACUUGAAGGGUUGCCUAAGAAAAACAACAACAACAACAAAAGAAGAGGAAGGAAGAAGAGAAGGGGAAGCAAGAGUUUAUCAGACCUUGAAUUUGAGGAGCUUAAAGGGUUUAUGGAUCUUGGCUUUGUUUUCUCAGAGGAAGACAAAGAUUCAAGCUUGGCUUCAAUCCUUCCUGGUUUGCAAAGGUUAGGGAAGAAGAGUGUCAAGAAUGAUGAUGAUGAUGAGGAUGGUGAUGAUGAUGAUGAAGAUGAGGAGAAUUGUGACAAGGCUGCAGUUCCAAGACCUUACCUUUCAGAAGCAUGGAAGGUACAUAAGAAAAAGAAAGAGAACCCUUUGAAGAAUUGGAAGGUUCCUGCUUUGAACAAUGAAAAUGACAUUAAAGAUAGCAUCAAGUUAUGGGCUCACACUGUUGCUUCCACUGUCAGAUGAUGAUGAAUAAACUUCAUGGCUCAACUUCAAUCUUCUACUACUGAAAUUUGCUGAGUUCCACACUUCACAAACUUGGAAAUAUAAAAAGGACAGAUCAUGAUCAUGGGGCAAUUUCUGUAGGAAUAGAAUUAGGAUACAGAGCUUUCAGCUCUGUUUACUUUUUGCUUCCUAAUCUUAUAUCAGAAGUUAAAUGCUUAUAAGUCAGUAGUUUCUCUGUAACCAAAGAAAUAUGGACAAGGACAAUUAUUAUGUAAAGCAUUUGAUUCAUACUCAAGA